AUGGACGAGGCUCUGGAUCUCUCAUACUACUUGGGAGGCACCGCCUUGGAGUCUGUGCUAGCUCUAGAAAUUGCAAUCGGCAGCGGUGACAUCGUCUCCAUCGAUGAGCUUCCAGAAGACCCACAGGAACUUGUAACCUUCUUAGAAGGCGAAAACUGUGGUGUCAAGUACUGGAAACUUGUGCUGCAAGCCUACGUGAGAGAGCGCAAAUACACAGAGGCCUUGAGCAUUGCCACCCUGGGUCUCGGCGCCGAUUUCCUUCCGGAAGUUGAUAAACAAUCCUUGCACUCUCUUAUAGGAUGGAUCCACAUGAAAUUGGCCAACGAGGGACUUGCGAGACUGAGCAACUUGGCCAAGGCCUCGGAAAACUUCAAACUUGCAGGCGAUUCUUCGGACCCCAGUAACCUUUUGGCCAAGGCCCAGGUCCAUGUUUACAAUGACGAGGUGGAGCCUGCGCUCCGUAUAUACGACCAGCUUUUGAAAGCCGACGCUUCCAAUUGUUUUGCGUUGCUUGGAAAAGCCCAGGUCAUUUUGCGCAAGACCCGCAAUUAUGCGAGUGCAUUGAAAAUCUACCAACAGGUGUUGGUUUUGAAUCCAGCCAUGAAACCAGACCCACGUAUCGGAAUUGGUAUGUGUUUCUGGUUCCUUAAAGACCACGACAUGGCCAUCCAGUCUUGGAAUAGAGCGUUGGAAUUGGAUCCUUCGAAUUUGAAAGCAAAGUUGUUGUCGAACUUGGCCUCAUUUGAUUCGGUGUUCCUGAACUCUCUUUCAGACGAGCUCUUUGUGGAAGGCUACAAGUCCGCUUUGGAGCAAUUGACUCGCUUGCAAGUUCAAAAUAACAACGACAAUACCGUGUUGUUGGCGCUCUGCUCUUUCUACUACUCCAAGGGAAAACACGACCUAGUUGAGAGAAUUGUCAACAAGGUCAUGUCCUCUUUGACUGACUCUGGCUCCGAUCUCACUGCAAAAUUAUCGCCAUAUGGUGGCCAGUUGAGCUCAUACGCAUCUUACUGGCUUGGUAGAAUCGCGUAUGCAAAAGGCGACUACACACAAUCACAGAAAUGUUUCCAUGAAGCCAUCAGAUCUAACGAGAACAAUCUCCUUGCAAGGGUAGGAUUGGGUCAAUCUCAUCUUAGUAGAGACUCGAUUGAGGAAGCAAUCAUGGUCUUCGAAUCGGUCCUCAAAGCUAAUCCAAAGUGCCUCGAGGUCAUCUACAUUUUGGGAGUUCUUUACUCCAAGAGCAAUUCAAGAACAAAAACUGAGCAGGCUAUUCAAUUGCUCGAACGUUAUAUACGUUUAUCGAACAACAGAGGUUCGGUUGUGGCCAACAAGAAGGAUUCAGACGCCCUUUUGAACAAGGAACCUAUUGCACUUAACGCGUACUUGACUUUGAGUAAACUCUAUGAAUCACAAGAUCUCUCACAGGCAUUAAAUUGCCUUCACAAAGCUAUCGAAUCCAGGGAACAGAUCAAACAAACUGUUCCAUUGGAAGUUUAUAACAAUGUGGGUGUUUUCAACUUCACCAAAAAUAAUAUCGAUGAGUCGAUCAAAUACUUCAAUUUGGCAAAAGCAGGUCUCGAUGACGAUGCUUUAACUUCCACUCUUAAAGCAGACCUCAAAGUGUCAAUUCUAUUCAAUCUUGCUCGUACAACAGAGUCGCAGUCCUCCGAAGAUGCUAUAAGCAUGUAUGAGGAAGUCUUAGCUGAUUGCUCAAGCUAUAUUUCAGCAAAGCUUAGACUUUUGUUCCUUGAUGCAGUUUCCACUAAUAAGUCUGCUAAAUCAGAGAUUGAACAAGAGCUCAAGUCGCUUUUAGAAGAAAACGCAUCUGAUAUGGAGGUUCGUUCUUUCUAUGGUUGGUUUGUCAAGACCUUUGGCAAGAGAAUUGGAAUGAAGUCUGACGCGGAGAGCAUACAUCAAAAGCAAACUCUUGUUGAUCACGACUCGCACGACUCUUACGCCUUGAUCUCGUUGGCUAACAUUUACUGUAUAAUGGCAAAAGACCUCAAAGGAUCUAAAGAAGAAGAGAAGAGAAGAAAGUACUUCGUUCGUGCCAUUGAGCUUUACACCAAGGUUUUGUCGAUUGACCCAAAGAAUGUAUUUGCAGCACAAGGCCUUGGUAUUGUAUACAUUGAGAACAAAGAACAAGCAAAAGGUUUGGACAUUUUGAGAAAGAUUCGUGAUUCGUUGAACGAUAUCUCGGUCUACUUAAAUUUGGGACAUGUGUUAUCUGACUUGAAACAAUUUUCCAAAGCUAUUGAGAGCUACGAAAUUGCUCUUAUGAGAUUCACAAACGACCAAGAUUUCAAGAUUAUUGGUUUCCUCGGGAGAGCAUGGUAUCUCAGAGGAUUGUCUGAAAAGAAUCUUCCCUACUUAAAGAAAGCGCUCCUGUACGCUGAAGAAGCCUUGGGCAAAGCCACUGGCGUGAAAAGUUCUUAUAGAUUCAAUGUUUCCUUCAUUUCAUUCCAAAUUGCUGACUUCAUUACCAAAUUGCCAAUCGAAGAACGGAAUGUCGAUGACAUCAACGAGGCAAUUACUAAUUUAAAUGAUGCAAUCAACACUUUGAACGAUUUGUCAUCUGAGGAAGAAGAACAUCCACCAUAUCCAAAGAGUGAGCUCAAAGCAAGAGCAGAUUUGGGUGUGUCUACCCUUCUCAAUAGAUUGAACUUGUGCUUGGAAGAGACUAAAGAGAGCAUUUCCAAGCUCGAAGGAAAGCUUGAAGAAGCAAAGAAAUUCCGUGAAGAGGCUGAGGCAAAGAGACUCUUGGAACAAGAGAAGGUCUUGGCUGAACGGAAAGCAAGAGAUGAGCAAAUGGCAUUGGAGAGAGCCAAGUUGCAAGAGCAAGCCACUCAAUGGGCUGAGGAAGCCAGAGCUAACAUGAUUGUCAAUGAUUCUGAGGAUGAUAUGCCUGAGAAUGGAGACGAGAAACCAAAAAAGGGCAAACUGGGCGGCAAAAAGAAGGGCAAGGGUAAAGGAAAGGGUAAGAAGAAGGAUAUUAUCAAUGACAGCGAUGAAGACGAAGCAUCUGCUCCCGAAUCUGAGCCAGAAGCCAACAUGACAGAUGGAGAGGAAGAAUCAGCCCCCAAGAAAAAGAACGAGAAGAGGAAGAACACCAAGCGCAAGAGAAGAGCUAUCGAGGAGGACGAUGAUGAUGAGGUGGUAAAGAAGGAAGACUCCGAGAAUCCUGCGAAGAAAACGAAGGAGAAUGAAUCCGCUGAAGCAGCUCCAGAAAGUGACGGAGACGACGAUCUUUUCUAG